AUGAAUUUUAAACAUAUAAUAACUAUUUUAUUACUUUUUGUAUUAGUACAAACUGUUUAUUCUUUCUUUCAAAAAGGAGAUAAAGAUGCUGUCUUAUUAAAAGAUGUAAAAGUACUUACAUUGGUCGACAAUAAGAUGACUAGAGGUUCAAGAUCAUCACCGAUCAAACAACUAGAGUGUGCGGGUGGAAGUGCCAGAUGUCAACGUAAUCUCUUACCUCAAUCCGUUCAAUGUCAUAACAUUGGAUCUGAUGGAACUGAUGUUCAGUGGGAGUGUAAAGCAAAUCUAGAUACAGCUGUUCAAUUUGGAAAGCUGGAUGUAUCAUGUGAAGGAUAUGCAUAUCCUGAAGAUCCAUAUAUUUUAAAAGGAUCGUGUGGAUUGCGAUAUGAAUUGGAGUAUACUAACAGUGCGCUUAGAGAGAGUUACUAUAAGCAAGACUGGGCAACAUCGAUCUUUACAUUCUUUAUUUGGGUGUUUGUCAUUGGUGUCGUAGGAUUCAUCUUUUACAAUAUCUUCUUUGCAAGAAAUGAAAACGAUCGUGAAGCAAGAAGACGUCACCAACAACAACAACAACCCAAUGGUGUACCAUACGGUGGUUAUAUGAACGGUCCAAGUUAUUAUCCGGGUAGCGCUGGUUUUGGAUCGGUUCCACCAGCACCACAAAACUAUGGAAGUUCAUGGGGUAACAGCAGUUGGUUGCCAUUCUUGGGUGGAUUGGGUACUGGCUACGCUUUUGGAAGACCAAGAUCCUCGUGGUGGGGAGGAUGGAAUUCACAUUCCAACUAUUACACUCCAUCCUAUCAUUCUUCACCUUCAUACCACCACAGCAGCAGUAGCAGUAGUAGUAGAGGUACUGGUGUAACAUCUACAUCAACCGGUUACUCUAGUACAUCAAGAAGAUAA